UUUAUUGAGGGCAGAUUAGUUGAAGUCUGGAUGCUGCGUUUCAAUACUCGUUGUACAUGCCUUUACAAUGUCGGUAUUGUUUGCUACUGUGUGUGAACCUAUUCAAAAUAUACACUUUUUAACACCAAGCAAAGUCCUGUCUAAAUAUACACAGUAAGUCUGGAAAGAUGUCCAUGACCCGUACAAAUCUCUGUAAAUCACACUUCCAUAGCUACAGAAACCAAACAAAAGAGUUACCAGCUCAAGAUGCUGAUUAAAUCUUCUUAAAAGCAACAUACCUAAUAAUAAAUAUAGUUGCACGGUAGCAAGGUCUGACGACCCAGCUGUGUUUUACUGAGGGAUGGACUCAAACCACCACUACGGAUAUUUUCCCUGCUCUCAAUUUCAUAAUUAUAAUUUUUAAAAAUGAAUAAAAAAAUUUUUAAAAACUCAAAACCACUUUGGCUCGCAUCCCUUUCCUCUUCCCCGCACGAGAGCCUUGCAAGUUGGGGGGCAGAGUUAGCGGAGAAAAGGAGAGGCACGGGGUAAAGCCCCGGCGGAAUUGGGGGUGAGGAACAACCUCGCAAGGUCGCUGGGCUCCGGAGAAAGGAAGGGGCGAGGGGAGGUGAGGCGAGUGGGAGGAGGAAAGCCAGAAUACAAGAAAAACAAAGUGGAGAGAAGGAAGAGAAAGGAGAGGGAAAGGGAAGACGAGAAGGAGCGGGAGGGCGGGGAAGCGAGGAGUGGGACGGGGGAGGCAGCGAGCGGGGCGCCGCUGGGGUCGGUGGCGGAGCCGGGCGGCCGCAGCAGAUCCGGGCUGGGCGCCCUGGGCGGCUCCCGGCGGAGCGGCCGCGGAACUCCGCAGACAGCGGAUCCCUCCUUCCGCGGAGAGGGGCAGGGAGCGGGAGAGGGGAGGAGAGACUCUUCGGUGAACCAGGGCUAAACCCAGCCUGUACUGUAUGUGCCUGCUUCUGGGAGGGUCACCGGCGCGAGGAUGGGUCUAAUGAUCUCAUCUUUCUUUUCUUCCCCGGCACUAUUAGUGCUCAGAUAGGCAGAAUGAAGUGAAACUACGUGCAAAUCAUGUGUAAAUUGUCUCAGUUAGGAGCCCUUUAUCCGAACGUGUAUCCCAGCCUGGCCCAUUUACUUUCCCCCCAUAUCUCCUUUAGCUUUAACGAGGCUCGUUAAGAUCACAAUAAUAUUCCACCCUCUAAUUGCUCAUCCCAUUCAACAAAUAUGUGCACACUGCUUUUCGCAUUAUUUGAUCCCUUAUUUAGGAGGGGUGUGGAGAAGGAGGGGGGAGAGACAGGGAGAAGGGGAAGUGCUGAGAUUAGGAGUUGCAAAGAUUAAGGAGGAAAAAAAAAAAUCCAAACAACAAACCAGGCUUUUCCACCAACCGCCCGGCUUCCCUCCCCCCCGUGCAUUUGGGCGAAGUGGUAAAAACCUUCCUUACGUACUCCGUAAUGAUUGGCAGGGCUGACAGUGAUUGGCAGCGGCUGCCAUGGCAACGCCACAACGACACUCAGAAGACCAAUAGAAAAGCGAAACAAAAUGUUUCAGCGCUGCACUCACUGUGGAUUUAGGGGAGAUAUUAUGAGGCUGUUGUCAUUAGGGCGAUCGCUGUUGAAUCACUGAAUCCUGACUCGGCGGCGGCGCGGGGCCGGGUGUGUGUGAGUGCGUGUGCGUGUGGGGUGUGUGUGAGCGCGCGUGUGCGUGUGCCCGCGUGUGCGUGUGAGUGUGUGUGCCCCCGUGCCUCUAUGUGGCUGUGUGUGCGUGUGCGGGUGUGGAUGCGUGCGCGGUGCGUGUGCCCUUUCCUCCCUUCUUCCUCCCUUUCUUUCUUUUCUCCUUGAUUUAUCUCCCCCUCUCCCCGGUCAUCCCAUGGUGUUCAGGUCCCCGCUAGAGCUUUAUCCCACCCAUUUCUUCUUGCCAAACUUCGCCGCCGAUCCGCACCACCGCUCCCUCCUUCUCGCCAGCGGCGGCGGCGGCGGCGGCAGCGGCAGCGGCUCGGGCUGCAGCCCCGGUGCCGGCGGCGGUGGAGGCGGCAGCUCCCGGGCACCCCACGAAGAGUUGUCAAUGUUUCAGCUGCCCACACUCAACUUCUCCCCGGAGCAAGUGGCCAGCGUCUGCGAGACGCUGGAGGAGACUGGAGACAUAGAAAGGCUGGGGAGGUUCCUCUGGUCGCUGCCGGUGGCGCCGGGGGCAUGCGAGGCCAUCAACAAGCACGAGUCCAUCCUCCGCGCCCGGGCGGUGGUGGCCUUCCACACGGGCAACUUCCGAGACCUCUACCACAUCCUGGAGAACCACAAAUUCACCAAGGAGUCCCACGGCAAGUUGCAGGCCAUGUGGCUCGAAGCGCACUACCAGGAGGCCGAGAAGCUAAGGGGUCGCCCGCUGGGGCCGGUUGAUAAAUACAGGGUGAGGAAGAAGUUUCCGCUGCCCAGGACCAUUUGGGAUGGCGAGCAGAAGACGCACUGCUUCAAGGAGAGGACUCGCAGCCUCCUGAGGGAGUGGUACCUGCAGGACCCUUACCCCAACCCCAGCAAGAAAAGGGAACUGGCUCAGGCCACGGGGCUCACCCCCACGCAAGUAGGCAACUGGUUCAAAAACCGAAGGCAAAGAGACAGAGCAGCGGCGGCUAAAAACAGGCUCCAGCACCAGGCGAUAGGACAGAGCGGCAUGCGGUCGCUGGCAGAGCCCGGCUGCCCGACACACAGCUCGGCCGAGUCUCCGUCCACGGCGGCCAGCCCGACCACCAGCGUCUCCAGUUUGACAGAAAGAGCCGAGACGGGCACCUCCAUCCUCUCGGUAACCUCCAGCGACUCGGAAUGUGAUGUAUGAUAUCGGAAAACAAACAAACAAAAAAAUCCAAAUCCAAACAGCCAAGCACCCUCUCCCCGUCCCGAGCAAAACAAACCGAGGCAACCUAGAAUCAGGACACACACACGCAUGCACGCACACACACAGCCGGGAGGAAAGAAAAGGCCAAACCCGACCCAAACAUAAUAGCAAACAAACAGACAGGGAUCAGAGAAUCCACCACCACCAUCACCGUCAGCCAACACCACCACCAAGAGAUGGAGCUAAAACUUCAACAGUCACAAACGCUGGUGCUGCAGCGGGAAGGGUGGGGGGGAGGGCGGGAAAUAAUAAUUAUUAUAUAUAUAAAAAGAAAGAAAAAAAAAACAAAGCAAAAGUGACAAUUGUAUUCUUUUUAGGACAAGCACGAUUUCUCCUUUGCGCUUUUCCAUGGACGCAUUUCACCCACUUGCAUGAUGAUGAUGAUUAAAUUUGUAUCUGGGAAAAAAUAUUCUCUAUAGUAAAGGAAAACAAACAGAAACCAGACAAACAAAUGCAAACUCCGAUCGAAUUUGUACAAAAAUCAAAAAUAAAAAAAAAUUUAAAAGGAACUCCUUGAAGAGGGAAAUAACAAAUGUUUAUCGCCUUUUUGUUGGUCCUAUUUCUCUUUCUCUCUUCCUCUCUCUUUCUGUCUUUUUUGUCUUUUUUUUUUUUUUUUUUUUUUUUUAGUCCGAGUGAUGGUCCAGCCAAGAUGCAAUUUUCUGUUUUUUUGUUCCGCAGACAAUCAUUUUAUUCGUAAGCACCUUUUUUUCUACACUUCUGUCACUGCCUGUGUGGGUACUGGUUAUAAAUGUGGAAAAAGAAUAGUUAUGACUGUAACAGAUUUUUAUUUUUAUUUCAAAAUUUUAUAUGAAUUAUGUAUAUCUUAAUGAUGCGGUCAUUUUCCCAGUUUGUAAUAUAUGUGUAGAAAUGCUUGUAUAUGAUAUUUGCUCUCCUCUUUCUUCCUCCCCUCUCUCUAUUUCCCUCCAACCCUUUCUCUCUCUCUCCUUUUUUAUUUUCCUUGACUCGGUGUUCCUUGCACAAACUUAGCCGUCAAAAUCUGACGUGCUAGGUUUCCAAAAGGGACCUCAGCGAUAGAAAAAAAAAAAAAAGAAAAAGAAAAAAAAAAAGCUUAGGGUGCAACUGUAGUUAUCUUAUGCAAAAGCUAUUUUGAGUAUUUCAUAGCAGCUUUGGGGGGUCUCUUAAACUCCACGUAGGACGCUUAAACUAUUGUUUCCUUAACUGCGUGUUUAUCUAUAUGUACAAACUUUCUAAAUCAAAUACAGUAUUCCAUUUUCUUAUCUA